UGGUUUAGUUGGCAAGGAUUCCCCUUGGAACAUUUGCCAAACAAUUUUCAACUGGGGAACCUUGUUAUUCUUGACAUGCAAGGUAGCAAACUCAAAGAAGUUUGGAAGGGAACCAAGCAUCUCACAAAGUUGAAGGAACUAAAUCUCGAGAGUUCUCACCAGCUAACCCGUACACCGGACUUUUCAGGGCUACCGAAUCUUGAGAAACUGAUUCUCGGUGGUUGUGUACGUUUGGUUGAAGUUCAUGAGAGUAUUGAUUGUCGUACGAAACUUGUAGAGUUGAUUCUAUGUUGUUGCAGCAAUCUCAGUAAUCUUCCGAGCGGUAUAAGUAAAUUGGCAUCGCUUGAAACACUUGAUAUUUCUCAUUCCUCAAAAUUGAAAAAAUUGCCAAAGGGAAUCGGGAACUUGAAAAGUUUAACAAUGCUUAAUGUGAGUCACACGGCCAUAGAAGAACUACCUUCUUCUUUGGGACUUUUAAAGAACCUCGCCACUUUCAGUUAUUCUUUGGAAUUACAUCCGACGGGUCGAGUUUCAGUGUCAUUGGAUCUAUCUGGGAGCUACAUUGAGAAACUUCCAUCUAGCAUUGGCCAGCUUUCACAACUCCAAACUCUGAACUUGAGGAAUUGCCUGAGACUCGAAUCACUCCCUAUGUUUCCAUCAAGUUUGCGUUCUCUUUGUGCAUAUGGUUGCAUAGAGUUGAAAAGGUUACCAAAUAUGUCAAACUUGGAACACCUAACGAGUCUAAGACUUGAAGAGGGUGAAAAUCUGAUUGAAAUUGAGGGCUUAGAGGGUUUGAAGUCUGCAACAACUAUAAAACUACAUGGGUGCGUCGGUUUGAAAAGUUCUGUCAAGAACAGAAUCUUUCAGGUUCGUCCUCUCUCUCUCUCUCUCUCUCUCUCU